AUGACCAUUCAGGCAUGGAUAGAAUAUGAUGGACAGAUGAAGCAGCUGAAGGUCACCAUAGCUCCAUUGUCACACCCACUCCAGCCUAACCGCUCACUCAUUUCAUAUCCCAUUGAUCUGUCCCCUAUUCUGCUUGAACACAUGUAUGCUGGAUUCUCUUCUGGUACAGACAGGCUGGUUAGCAAGCACUAUAUUUUGGGAUGGAGCUUCAAGAUGAGCGAACAACACCUGGACCUUUCACGCCUUCCCUCUAUUAGUGAUGAAUCUCCUCUGUGGAAGUCUUCUAAGUUGAAUCGAAAGCUGACAUCCAAGAAGAUAGAAGGAUGGGAGAUAGACUACCCACAUAGGUUCUCAUACAGGGAACUCUACAGGGCAACCAAGGGUUUCAAGGAUGAAUUGGGCAAAGGAAGUUUCGACGGUGUCUACAAAGGUGUGAUGCCAGGCACCGGAUUGGAAGUUGCAGUCAAGAAAGUAUCGCCUGAGUCAAAACAAGGAAUGAGGGAGUUUGUUGCAGAUGUGUCGAGCUUGGGGAGGAUGAGACACAUAAACUUGGUCCAAUUGCAUGGUUGGUGUAGAUGA